AUGUCCUCCAGCAAUACAGUAUCUCAGACGGCUUUGUGCCUAACUUGUAUCGGCAGACCCCUUGUAUGGAGUCAGCAGCCUAUCCCGCGUCCUGGACCUGGAGAAAUUUUGGUCCGUGUUCAUGCCGUAGGCCUGCUCCCACUCGACCGAAAGCUUCGUGACCUUGGUGUCUUCAACAUCUCAUCCCGUCUUCCAAUCACUCUCGGUAUCGAUGUUGACGGCGAAGUUGUCCAACACGGUCCUCGACCUUCGACUACCCAAGUGCGAGCCUCUUAUCCUGCCGUUGGGACCAAAGUCCUCUUUCAAGCCAACCUUCGCCGCCCUCACGCGGGUGGCCAAGCCUCCUUCGUUCUCGCCAAUGCCGAAUGUCUGAUACCCGUCCCUGAGACGAUCUCCGUUGUCGAGGCUGCGACCUUGGUUACCAAUCCUUUCACUGCGGCUCUUUCUCUAUUCCAUCAAUUUGGCCUUGAUUUCCCCUUUCCCGGCACGGACCCAACCUUCGACUACCAUAGCGCUCACGUGGUUGUUCUCGGCGCCGGUACUACCGUCGGUUCUCUCAUUGUUCGGCUUGCAUCCAUUACUGGUAUCGGAACCAUCAUAACCACCUCUUCAGAGUCGUCCUUUGCAUCCCUUCGGGCUUUGGGUGCAACCCACGUCAUCGACCGGUCGUCCUCUUCCAUUGCCGCCACAGUCCAAUCCAUCUUGAGGGCUUCCAUCAUCAAUGUCGUCGAGGCUUAUGCGUCUGGUCAACCAACUCUCGCUGUCUCUCUCUUCGAGGUGUCUGGCGUUUCAGGCUCCAUUAUCAUGUUGGCAUCCUCCACUGGCGGUGACACCGCCGCCCUGGCCGAUAAGGGCAUCUCAUUGCGCAACGUCAACGGCUCUUUCGAAUCUCAUCCAGUCCUGUUCCAGCAAAGGGCCACCGUCCUGCCGAAGGUUGUCGACCGGCGACAUGAUCUUAUGCGAGGUCUCAACCCCCAAGCCGUCAACGCCGCACUGGAUGACAUUGGCAAGGGCGGUGGCGUAAGGUAUGUCGUACAGGUCCAUGUGGAUGAUGGAGAUGACGAUGAUGGGGAGGAGGCAUGGGAUAUAUAG